AGGCUUUCUUUCUUUUAAUGGGUUUAUUUUCUAUGGGCCCAUUUAGGUAAAGGCCCAUUAGCUCAAAGUAUCAUAGCCAUUAGGGUUUUAGUAUUUAUAAGCUUUAACCUAAAACAUCAACGAAAGCUAGACAUUUCUCGCCGCAGCUUUUCCGAGACUUCUGAGGUGAAGAAAUGAAGCAUAACAAUGUCAUCCCGAACGGACAUUUCAAGAAGCACUGGCAGAACUAUGUGAAGACAUGGUUCAACCAGCCCGCCAGGAAAACCAGAAGAAGAAUUGCGAGGCAGAAGAAGGCUGUGAAGAUCUUCCCCCGUCCCACAUCUGGACCUCUCCGCCCUAUUGUGCAUGGUCAGACACUAAAGUACAACAUGAAGCUCAGAACCGGUAAAGGAUUCACCCUUGAAGAGCUUAAGGCUGCUGGUAUCCCCAAGAAGUUGGCUCCCACAAUCGGUAUCUCUGUUGAUCACCGUCGCAAGAACAGAUCUUUGGAGGGACUUCAAUCCAAUAUCCAGAGGCUGAAAACCUACAAGGCUAAGUUGGUCAUCUUCCCGCGUCGUGCUCGCAAGGUUAAGGCUGGUGAUUCUACUCCAGAAGAGUUGGCCAAUGCAACACAGGUCCAAGGAGACUACAUGCCUAUUGUCCGUGAGAAGCCAACAAUGGAGCUUGUGAAGGUGACCUCUGAGAUGAAGGCGUUCAAGGCCUAUGACAAGAUCCGUCUAGAGCGCACGAACCAGAGACAUGCCGGUGCUAGAGCCAAGAGAGCUGCGGAUGCUGAGAAAGAAGAGAAGAAGUGAGGAUCCUUCUUCUUAGGUAGAAGAGACUUCUUUAUAUCGUUUCGUCUUUUGGAACUGAAUUUUUGUGUAUCAGACUUUGUUACUUGUUUCAUCAGUUUUCUACCCUUAAAAUCUUGGAUUUUGCUACUACUUCUUUUGGAUUUAUGGGAAAUGAUCAGAUCACACAUCUCUACGUGCUAAAUGUUUGUCUAAUUAUAAUCUCAUAUUUAUUUUUCUGUUAGAACAAAUUAUCUUCAAAAUAAUUAUUUUUGAUUAGAACAAUUCCUAAACAAUUAUUCUUGUAGGUUAUAAGGAACGUGACUUGAUACUUCGUUAAGAAUAAUAACAG